AUGGAUAUGAGCAAGGCUUAUGAUCGAGUGAGAUGGGAUUUUUUAGUCAUUGUUUUGAGGAAGUAUGGAUUCCCUGAGCAUUGGAUCUCUUUAUGCUCCCAAUGUUUCUCUACGGUUUCGUAUAAGGUCCUUAUUAAUGGAAAUACCUCGGAAACCUUUAAACCAAAGUGUGGGCUUCGACAGGGAGACCUACUAUCUCCAUACCUUUUCUUGUUUUGUAUGGAUAUACUCUCGAGGAUGCUCAUAAUUGAAGAGGAUAUUAAUCUUUUCAAAGGGGAGCAACUAAACCUCAGCAAAUCUUUUGUCAAGUUUAGCUCAAGCACUUCAAACCAAGAUAAGUUGGCAUUUAAGAACAUUCUAAGGAUGAGGGAUAUGGAGAAUCUAGAUACCCAUCUAGGGGUGCCUAUUGACUUAAAAGGUAACAAGAGCUCAAACUUUUUAUAUGUGGUAGAUAAAAUUGCUAUGAGGAUUAUGGCUUGGAAUUCCUGUAAGCUCUCCUUCUCCUCAAAGAUUAUUUUAGCAAAUACAGUUUUAAUAUCAAUGGCUACUCAUGUGAUGAAUAGCUUCAAGCUACCAAAAAGUAUUGUCUCAAAAAUAGAGAGCUUAAUCUAUAAUUUUCUAUGGGGAAAUAAGGGUAACAAGGGAAUACAGUGGGUUAGGAAAAGCAUUGUUCAACUUCACUACUAG